AUGGAGAGCCCGGCAGCCGCCUCGGGCGACGACAUUCUCGCCUCCUACCGCCUGCCUAACCCGCUCCCGCUCUGGCUCAACUCGAACUACGGAAAGCACAUCGUCAAGGGUAACUUCAUGACGCUGAGUGCCCGGCCGAAGACGGUGGAGCCAGGAGAGUGGAUUGCGCAUCAAGUGGUUGAACACUUCCGAAACCUGUGGAACUUCGUGCGUGUUCUCCACGACAAGGAAGAGAACGGCACCACCAUCUGCAACCAGACUACCUGCCCGCGCAUGUCUGCGGGAGCCAACCACUCCUUCACGUGGCUCAACAGCCGACGCGAACCCGUCGAACUCCCGGCAUUCGAGUACAUAUCCCUGAUGCAGCGGUGGAUCUCGGGCAAGAUUGAUGACACCAAGACGUUCCCGACCGAGCACUCCGGCGUAUCGUACGCGCUCAGCCCGUCGAUGGCGGCGCAGCAGUCCCAGCAGUCGGGCGCCGGCGACCCCGACUGGGUCGGCAAGAGGUCUGGGUUCCCCGACAGGUUCGUCGACGUGUGCCAGAUGAUCUUCCGACAGCUGUUUCGGGUCUACGCGCACCUGUACUGGGCGCACUUCAUCGACCCGUUCUACCACCUCAACCUGGAGAAGCAGCUGAACAGCUGCUUCAGCCACUUCCUCCUGACGGCCACAGCCCUCGACAUGCUCAAGCCGCAGGAGCUCGAGCCCAUGCAGCCCCUCAUCGACCUCUGGGCGGCCAACGGUACCCUUCCUCCCGAGUCAAAGGUCUACGAGUAUGCCAACAUCAAGGCUGGUGAGCGUCUUCUACAGCUGGCGGGGUUUCCUACUCAGUAG